GAAUCAGCUCGGGUGAUUCUUCGUGAAGAACCGAUUCAUAAGAACGAUUCGGAAGAGAAGUGACAUCACACAUGCAGCAUGGCGGCCAAGGUUCAGUCAACCAAAAGGGCCGACCCGAAUGAGCUGAAGGUCAUCUUUCUGAAGCAUGCGAGUGUUGCGGAUAAGGAUGGCGAGCAGUUUAUGACCCCCAGUGAUUUUGUGCAGAAGUAUUUGGGCCUCCACACACAGAUCCAUCACAACCCCAAAACUGUGCAGCUGCUGGCUGGAGUGGCAGACACCACAAAGGAUGGACUGAUUUCGUUCCAGGAGUUUUUGGCCUUUGAGUCUGUGCUCUGUGUGCCAGAUGCUCUCUUCAUCGUGGCCUUCCAGCUAUUUGAUAAAACUGGAACUGGAGACAUUUCCUUUGAAAAUGUACGUGAUAUUUUCAGCCAGACGACGGUCCACCACCACAUCCCUUUUAACUGGGACUGUGAGUUUAUUCGCCUUCACUUCGGCCACGAUCGAACCAAACGCCUCAGCUACCUGGAGUUCACCCAGUUCCUGCAGGAGCUGCAGUUGGAGCAUGCCCGGCAGGCCUUUGCGCAAAAGGACAAAGCUAAGAGUGGCGUGAUCUCAGCCAUGGACUUUAGUGACAUCAUGUCCACCAUCAGACACCACAUGCUGACUUCGUUCGUUGAGGAAAAUCUGGUCUCAGUAGCAGGUGGUGGAACAUCACACAUGGUGAGCUUCUCCUACUUUAAUGCCUUCAACUCGCUCCUUAACAACAUGGAGCUCAUCCGCAAAAUCUAUAGCACACUCGCCGGAACCCGCAAAGACACGCUGGUCACUAAAGAGGAGUUUGUUCAUGCUGCUAAUAAGUUUGGUCAGAUUACUCCCAUGGAGAUUGAUAUUUUGUAUCAGCUCUCGGCCCUCCACUCCCAAACUGGGCGUCUGAACCUGACUGAUAUUGAAAGGAUAGCUCCACUGGAAGAGGGAGCUCUGCCCUAUCAUCUGGCAGAAGUACAGAGACAGAUGCAUGGGGAUGCAUCUCGUCCUGUGUGGCUGCAGGCUGCUGAGUCAGCAUAUCGCUUCACGCUGGGCUCCAUUGCAGGAGCUACGGGUGCUACUGCAGUGUACCCCAUUGACCUGGUGAAGACUCGGAUGCAGAAUCAGCGCUCCACUGGUUCAUUUGUAGGCGAGCUGAUGUACAAGAACAGUUUUGACUGUGCUAAGAAAGUCCUCCGGUACGAGGGUUUCUUCGGUUUCUACAGAGGCCUUGUGCCCCAGCUCAUUGGAGUAGCUCCAGAGAAAGCCAUCAAACUAACUGUGAACGAUUUAGUGCGAGACAAGUGCACUCAGAAAGAUGGCUCCAUCCCUCUGGCAGCAGAGAUUCUAGCUGGUGGAUGUGCUGGUGGCUCUCAGGUGAUUUUCACGAACCCUCUGGAGAUUGUGAAGAUCCGUCUGCAGGUUGCUGGGGAGAUCACCACAGGCCCCAGAGUGAGCGCGCUCAAUGUGAUCCGCGACCUUGGCUUCUUUGGACUCUACAAGGGUGCAAAAGCCUGCUUCCUGCGUGAUAUCCCCUUCUCAGCCAUCUAUUUCCCUGUGUAUGCCCACACUAAAUCUGCUUUGGCUGAUGAAGAUGGCCGGCUUGGUGCUCUGCAGCUGCUGACCGCUGGAGCCAUCGCAGGUGUCCCUGCUGCCUCAUUGGUCACCCCUGCUGAUGUCAUAAAGACGCGACUGCAGGUGGCAGCACGUGCAGGUCAGACCACGUACAACGGAGUAAUCGACUGCUUCCGGAAGAUCAUGCGGGAAGAGGGUUUUAGAGCCUUCUGGAAAGGAGCUGGAGCCCGAGUGUUCCGCUCCUCUCCACAGUUUGGUGUGACCCUGGUCACUUACGAGCUCCUGCAGAGGUGGUUCUAUGUUGAUUUCGGAGGACACCGACCAUCCGGUACUGAGCCAACACCGAAGUCGCGGAUAUCAGAGCUGCCGCCGGUCAGCCCGGAGCACGUGGGCGGAUACCGCCUCGCUGCAGCCACCUUCGCUGGAGUGGAGAGCAAGUUUGGACUUCACCUGCCAAAGUUCAAAUCUUCCGGGGUCGUGAGCAUCCAGCCCCGCAAGGAUGCGCCAGCCUCUUAAAAAGCCCCGCCCACUCCUGAUCUGUUCCGUCAUCCAGUGGCUGCAUGCCUCCAUUCUUAAGGCUACUUCACUCCAUAUAUAUUUUUUUUAUUUUUAGUUUGUUGGAAUUUUUUUGGUGGGGGAGAUGCGUGGGUUAAAUUUACAGUUUUCAAACACUCAUCAGUGCCUGCUCUAUAAUAACCGAACGUUCGUUACUAAUGGAUUACUUCCACACUCCACAUUAAUGCUGGUUUAAACACCAGCUGUACAUUUCCUGUUGAUCUGAAUGGGAGAGAGAAUGCAGUGACCACGUACAGUGUCUUCUAAGGACUCGGCACUCCCUCCUCAGCCACUCAUAUGCUGGCUAUUCAUCAGUUGUGUGGAUAUAAUGAGCUUUAUAUUUCUUUUUUUUUGAGUGUUUUAGCAAACCAAUUCCAGAGAGAAAAAGGCUAUCCCCCAAAAACCAGGGUGAAUUCAGCUGAAGUGGAACAUAAAUAGAUAGAUAUUUCAAAAAGAAAGACAAACAAAGACAAAGGGGAAGGGAAUUCAAGUUGGCCAUACAUUUUAAUACCUUCCUAACAUUUUUAUUAAUUAAAGUAAUUAUUUAUCAAUAAAAUGGCCAGUGAUGUUUUUAUGUAGUCUACUUUUUGAUUAGGUCUACGCUGGUCAUGUGACUGGCCAUUCUUUGCUGUUAGUCUCCUACAUAUUUACAUUCCAUAUCUACUAUGAGCCAUUCUAUAUGAUACACUGUACUGAUUCAGUUUUUACAAGCAUCUCAACUAUAUGAUACACAUGAGCAUUGAACAGUACAUUUAGUUCACUGGGGCAAAUAAUCAUUUUAAUAAUUGUGUUGCUUAGUGUAUCCUAAAAUGAGACAUGGAAAAGCACCCAUACCCCCCCUCCCCCCCUUUCGGCUUAUUUAUACUCCCCUUAUGUAUGGGAGAUUUUGCUGUGUGUUUUAAGCAUACAAAUACAAUAGUUUGAUUGGCCAGAGAGAAUAGUCAAUAUAAGUGACACAAUACAGGCAACUGAACCAUUUAAGCAUUCAGAAUUACUAUUAAUUACAGCCAUUCAAGUUAUUAUGGAUGUGUUCCAAAACAUUGGCUUUAGUCAUGGUGGUAGUAGUGGAAUGUUUACCUUGCAUUUAAAAACUGCUAUAAACAAAGCCAGUUCUAUAUUGGAUUGUCUACAGCUUGGUUUACACCACUCUAAACAAACAGGAAAAGAACUGUUUAAAAAUCUUUAUAGAACAGACUGUUGCUCUCCUCCCACCACCAUUUUCUUUUGUUGAAUUAAACCUACAGUUGAAGAGUGGCUAUCACUUCUGUUUAACCCUGUUUACACCUGGUCACUAGUAUCUGGAUUAUAUUCUGAAUAGAUUUUACCCACAUUCAUUUACACUUAGAAGUCAAAUGCAUCUCUGAUUAUUCGGGCUGAAAUUCGCUUGCUGUGUUAAACCAAAUAUGAUAAUUUGCUCAUCAUGCAGCAACCAGUUGUUAUCCAUUUCCGCCUCUUCUGGUGCCGUACUAAAGAUGGUUGUUAACACCAAUUUUUUAAAUUGAUUAUCUUCCUCACACACACGGCAGGGGAGGAGUUUUGGUUGUUGGAUGCAACUCUGGGAGACUAAUGCACUGACACUGCUAUACCAUGGCUAGAACUGGAUUUGGAUUUGUAUCUAGAUGUGUUUACACAUGCAUUUGGAUUAUAUUAGAUAUAAUACCGAUAUUCAAGAUGUAUGAAGUUACCAGGUGUAAAUAGGGUGUCUACAUUUUAAUUUAAUUCUUUUUCUUCUACAUUUUUUGCAGAGCAGCUUCAUUAACCCCUAAAUUGACUGUCCAGCUCCACAUUUAAUGCUCUAAAAUGAGCUGGAGGCAAAGUUAUCAUCUCCUACAACCUGAAACACCUACACAACACUCGGCCAGUAAAUUUUCAGGAAGGCAGUAAAACGAGUUCUUGUGUUCCACUUGGGCUGAGUUCACCCCGCACAUCUAUCUACCUGCUUCAUUUCAUCUUCAUUUCAUUCUCCUCUCCUCUUCUUCUUCGUUUGCUGGUGUUUGGAAGCUUCCCCCUGUGUUACUGAAAGCAUGCGAUAGUGCUCCCUCCCUCCCCCCCUUACCCAUGAUGCUUUGCGUAGCUUGCACAAGUCCUGUACAUAUUUGUACAUCUUCUGCACAGAAACGUGAGAGAGAAAGGCUCCGGGUCACAGUCUCUCGUCCACUUUUCUGCUUCACACUGAUGUACAGAGGUUUCCGAAUUUGAAUUACUGAUCAAAACGAAAGCAAAAAAUAUAUAUAUAUCAUGGAUAAUCUGAUGUUUAGGAAAUAAUUUAAAUGCAUUUCAUUCUUGUAUUGUAUUUUAUGGAAGUAAAUCAUACGGUUCAAUUUUAAA